UGUUGCAGUUAGUUACACCAUCACCAGUGAGUGCACGUAUCCACCUUCUCAGAAGUUCUUCACAUAAAGAUAGCAUCUAAAACUUGCACACGUCUUUGAAUACAAAGCUGGAUAAGGGAACUUCUCGUAUUACACAGAUCGUGUGUUGAAGUUAACUGGCCUCGUGGAGUACAUUGACAAACUCCAACAUCAGGAUGCGCGCGAUUAACUUGGACACGUACAGCCUGUCUCUACUGACGGCUAAAGAAGACAUCCUGAACCCCCGAGCAUCCACCAACUGGGCAAUAUUUGCAUAUGACGGAGCAACCAACAAUCUUAAACUCUUUGAUUCUGGAGCUGGAGGUUUGAUGGAAUUGGUUGGGAAAUUUCAUAACAGCAGGCCCAUGUAUGGACUAUGCAGGGUGGGACUGACAGAAACAGGACAACCACAGAUUGUCAUGAUCUGCUGGGUUGGUGAGAGUGUGGAUGAAUGCCGCAUAACAGAAUGUGCCAGCCAUGUGCCUGCCGUCAAGACCUUCUUCAAGGAGGCUCAAUUAUUUAUAACAGCCUCACAGCAAGAUGAGUUGACGGAGGAGAAGAUUAUGGCUGCUUUGGAAAAAAUUCGACCACCAAUGGAGAGACUGAGGAGAUCCUCAAAAGCAAUGCAGCAGGAGGAGACUGUGGGCACUAACUACAGGAAGACAAAUGCUGCCAUGGAGAUAAGACGGAUUAACAGAGACACCUUCUGGGCACGUGCAGAGCGUGAGGAAGAGGAACGAAAAGAGGAGGAACGUCGGAGGGCUGUAGAAGACAGACGGCGCUGGGAGAGAGAAAGAGUUUUCCAGGAAAAAAAAGAGGCUGAAGAAAGAGACCGAAAGAUGAAUGAAAAGCUACAGAUGAUUGAAGAGCAAAGGAGAAUUCAGGCUCGGAUUGAUGAAGAGACUAGAAAAGAGGAGAAAGUGAGAUGGGAGCAUCAGCAGAGAAAGCAUGAGGAUGACAUGAGGGCGCGACUCAGACACAGCGAAUCCAUAGAGAAAGCAGCAGAGGCAGCAGCACUUGUUUCUCAGGGCACCAUUAAUGCAAGAGAGUUUUUCAGGCAGCUAUCUGCCUCCUCACAAAACUCCUCAAGCCCUGGAUCUCCACGCUCAGUCAAAUCACCAUUCCGUCGCUAUCAGCGCAGUUUGACGGACACGGCUUUCAUCUUUGAGAGGGCCAACUCCAUUUCUGGUCCCACUUCCCCUCUCAUCCCCACUGUUAAGUCUCCCUUCUGCCGCACCUCAUCCACAUCCUUCAAAUGUCCUGCAUCCCCACUCAGUCCACCCUACCGUACAAUCCCCUCACCACAGCACACUCAAACAUCUGCAACAUCUCCUCCCACAUCACCCAUUCAGCGCUCUAUCUCACCAGUGUCAUCUUUAACCAGUCUGCAUGUCUUUAAACCACCUCCACCCCAGUCACCACCUAGCCGUCCACCUCUUCAAGCCCAAGAUUCAGCUUUCUCUGCAUCUCCAAAGCUGCUGGGCAGUCAAGAUAAGUCUGAGACAUUCACAUAUGACAUUACCAGGAAAGAACUUGCUAAUGCACCAGAACUUCCUCCAGUUCCACUCUCUGAUGACACUCUGAUGGACGAUAAGGAGCUUGUAACUGGCUCCCGAAUGCUGUGUGAACUAAAGUCAGACGCGUACCUCACUGCCAAGACUGUGCUGGUUGAAGUAGACGAAGAAGAGGGGGAGGAACCAGGGAAACUUUCAACCACCUUAUCUUCAGAUAACAAGAUCACCACACAUUUUGAAGAUGAAGUGAAAACAGUAGAAGAACAAUUGGAGACUGUGGAUGAGAAUAGUGGCAUUAGCCCCCUGGAGAAGGUUGAGGAGCAAGAGCUGGAACCAGAGUUAGAGUCUGAGGAGGAACUAGGCUCUGAGGAGCAGCCUGCUGUAGAAUCUGAGGAAUUCCUUCCAGAUGUGGCGCAGUCAGGACCUGAGCCAGGUAGAACUGUAGUACCAACCUUAGAAGAGGACUUGGAAGAUGAUGAGAUUGACGAAGACCUACCAGAAAACCAAGAGGAUGUUGAUGUAUCUGAGCAUAGCACACCUGAGAGGUACUGUUACACAGUUAAUCAUGAAGAGGAAGAUGAUGAUGAAAUCCAGACAGAGCUGGUGACCGAGAAUGGCGAGUCAUCACCAGAUAGACUUCUUCGUGUAAGAGCUUUGUAUGACUACCAAGCAGAGGAUGAAACAGAAAUCUCUUUUGAACCUGGUGACAUCAUCAGUGAUGUGGAAACAAUUGAUAAAGCGUGGUGGAGGGGUUCUAGCAAAGAUGGACGCCAGGGUCUCUUCCCUGCCAAUUAUGUAGAGACCAUCUAAAAGUGUUUCCUUUAAGAACGGUUCCUCACCCCCCUUUUUAAUCAUUCUCAGGGACUAAGAACCUCGAAACCAAGUAUAUGAAGAUGUACCAAGUACUUUGAUACAAGUGUCACAUGAAAAAAAUGUUUAUAAUCAGAUCUUAGCCAACAAUUCCUUGUGUUCCAAAACAAGCAGCCAAAAUAGACAAUGAAGACUUUAAUGAACAUCAACUGCAAGAUGCUCACACAAUGUGAGCUUAGAUACUGAUUUCGGUUAGAAAUGUACACAAAUAAUAAUUUUUGCAGAUUCUUUACACAUUACAUACAUGUAUUAUCUACACAUUACAUCAUUUAUUAUUGCACAUUUUUUACUGAGGUGCUAAAUGAUACCUAAACGGAGGUGAAAAUGUCAAUUGGGGAGCGUAGUUUAUGGCCUUGAACACGUAACUCCAACUAACAAUAACAAAUCAGAUGGCCCUGAGUAUAGUAACUUUUUUUCAGAACAAACAAGCAUUAUGUCAUCGUAGCAGUGAUUUAUUUUUAAUAAAUUGACAGCUGUUAUUAUACGACUUGUUGUAAACUAGAGUAUAUAGACAUAACAUGCCAUGUUUUCUUUGAUGCAAAGAUGUGUUUACUGAAACCCUAUUGGUGUCUUAAGCCAAGUGCACACUGUAUGAUUUUUAUGGUCCUUUUAGAUUGUUGCUGGUCAGACUGUAUGAGGUAAUCCCAGUGAGUUCUUGGGUAAGAGCUAUGGCACAUUGAGUGACAUUAGGUCAGACUGUACGGUACAUAUCGUAGCCAAGACUUUGGUCCCAGUUGUCCUGAUUGACAGCGCUGAUUAUAUUAUGACAUCUGCCCAUCAUAGGAGCAGUCACAUUGUGCAACAAUUUCUGACAAGGUCAGAACUUUGUCGAAGAGUAAGAUUAAUCACAAAGGCAAUCAAUUGGCUGUUGGUGAACAUGUUACACUAAGCGAAUGAAGACUGCCAAUUUUACCCUAUGACCAGAAUUUUACAAUCGCCCAAAUUUGUCUCACUUGGCAAAAUCAUGUCCAUAACUUACAAAUGUGAACUCGGGUUUAUAUGCGCUAAAUAUUAUUAACAGAAACCAACAUGUUAAAGGAUUAGUUAACCCAAAAAUGAAAAUUCUCUCAUCGUUUACUUGAUAACCAAGUAAAGACCCAGUCCAGAAGUGAAUGACUUUCUUUCUUCUGCUGAACACAAAUAAACCUUUUUAGAAGAAUAUUUCAGCUCUGUAGGUCCAUUCAAUGCAAGUGAAUGGUGGCUUUAAAGAACUUGCAUUGUAUGAACAUACAAGAUGAAAUAUUCUUCUAAAAAUCUUUGUGUUCAGCAGAAGAUAGUCAUACACAUAUGGGAUGGCAUGACGGAGAGUAAAUGGUCAUUUUACAUUUACGCAUUUGGCAGAUGCUUUUAUCCAAAGCGGCUUACAGUGCACUUAUUACAGGGACAAUCCCCCCAGAGCAACCUGGAGUUAAGUGCCUUGCUCAAGGACACAAUGGUGGUGGCUGUGGGGAUCAAACCAACAACCAUCUGCUUACUAGUUCAGUGCUUUAGCCCACUACAUCACCACCACUCCACUUUCAUUUUGGGUGAACUAUCCCUUUAAUAUUGUUUUUUUCUAAGAAAUUAAGGAUUAAUUGAUAAAAUAGUGGUGUGGAUGAACCAAACUUUAUGGGGUCAUAAUGCUUCUCUUCCAUCAUUAUGCCCCAGAUAAAGGCACGUCAUCCUAAACUGUUACUAUAGUUGUGUUGUCUUUACUCUUGUAAAAGGUUGCCUUGAACCUUCUCUCUCCAAAAUUACAUUUUCUCAUGUUCACUGUUCUGUAAAUACUAUAGAAUUCAUGUAUUGUUGGUUUUCUAUGUAAUUUAUUUAUCUCUGACUAUAGACAUAUUUCCUUCUAGUAAGGGUCUGUUUAAUCCUUUGAACUUUCAUGGAUUUCAGUAAUUAGUAGUUUUUCCAACUAACUAAUGUCAUUGAAUGAAUACAGUAUCAAACAAUAGAAGAAUUGCACCAGUACAUUUAGCUUGCUCUCUUUUAGUCACUUCUUUCCUCUGAAGUAUUUCCUCUGAAAUAUUUUUUUUCUUUUUCACAUGCAGCAUUAAUGCUUUACUGUAUACAGGACAUUAAGAAUAUAGUCACUACACUGCUUUCAUAUUGAGUAUCAUGAUCAUCAAGAAACCAUAUUCAAUAUAUGUUAAUGCAUGAGGUAAAAUUAAAGGGAUUCACUUUACUGGUCAACAAUUUGGGUCAUAUUGAGUUUUCCAUCUUGAAUAUUUAGUUGUGUUCAUUGAAACUUUAUAUUUUCCAUUUUCUAGUAAAAAUCAUUUGACACUAGCACUGCAAGAAUUAAAAAAGAAACUAUGCCCACACAAAACUGUUGCUUUUACUUUUAAUUGAAUUCUUUAUAAUGUAUUAUUAUUGUACAUGAUCAAUGGAAUAUUUCUCCAAAGACAAUGUGCAUGCAGACUCACCUCCAGGUUAACAUUCACCAGGUUAUCUACCAGGAUACUUGGAGCUUUACUCAUGUGAUAAUAUGUCAAUAUACAUUUAUUUGACAAAAAUUAAUAUGGUAAAAUACAACUUUAGUAAAAGAACAAAAUUAUAAUUGUAAAUUACAAAACUUUACAAUAACACAAAAAGUGUUUGAUUGAAUUUACAGAUUUUUUAAAUACAACUCAGUGUCCCUUUUACCAGUUGAGAACUGUUCAUUUUGAAGUCAGUGUCAUCACAGUACUAAGACAAACCUAGUCUCUACAACUUCUGAAUUUAAGUUUAAUCUCAUCCAUAUUUUCUACACUUCCACCUGUCUGACAUUUAUAAUACACUAUAGAUGAUAUUAUGAAGAAAAAAAAAUAGCUGACAUCUGUAAUUGUUUAUCUCAAUUCAAACAUAUAAUACAUGUUUGAAUACCUCAUAUAUUAUGCAGAUAAUCUUUCUGCAUUAAAGUUAAACUAUCAGAAAUGUUACAUUAUUUUUGUUAUGACAAGAUAGAUUGUAAAACCACACCUGACGUUAUACUGAUAUCACUAUAAUGGUUACCUAACUAGACUUGUAUUAUUGUUAAUAGUGCUAAUAUUUUAAAUAUUGGCCUCUUCAAACAAGUAAAACCUGACAAUUUAUCUGACCAGAUCUGAAAGACUUUACACAGAGACUUAGGCAUGAAAUGCACAUUUUAGAACCACAUAAUGCAUUUUAAAACCAACAAGGAGGAAAUAAUGCAAGCUUAAAUUACUGCAUGUAAAUGAUCUACUUUGAGCUGUUGUAGCUUUGCAUAGUAGUGCCUUUGCAAACCUUCACACAGUGCUUUUACUGCACUAGCUCAAAACUAAGCACCAUUAAAACAAAGCACCCAGUUGUAACCCGAAAUUCCAAACAUAUUUCAUUGCUUGUGUCGAAUUGUGGUUAAUGUGUUUAAUAAUGUUUAACUUUAUGAGAUUCAUGGCGAUCUAUUGACAACAUAGGGUUCACAUUUACAGAGUGAGAUAACUUAUGUACAGUAUUCCUGAGGUCAUCACAGUUAAUAUUAGUAAACAGAGUCACAUUAUAUCCCAUGUAAUUUAGAGUUUUGAGACGUUUGCAUCUUUGCAUAUACUAUACAUUGAAGCCAUGCAAAGAGCAUUUUGUGAUGAAUGAUUUUAAAAGAAAGUCAGUCAUUGGCAAUGUCCUUAUUCACAUAACCAACGAGGAACAGAUGAUACAUAAUUUAAACUAAUGACCGUCUGUUAGAAGACUUUCUUCUUGCAAGUUGAAAUUCUUAAUGUGCAGUGUCACUCAAUAAGUUGGAAUUCAUAUCAGUGAUAAGAUAGCUUUCACACAUGGUAGGUUUAUCUAUUAAAACAAUGUUUCAGUUCAAUCAGUUGAACCUGUAAUAUUUGCAAGUAUUUAAUGUUAGUGAUGAUUAAUCCUCAGAACUUUAGAACAGUCUAGCAUGGCAAAGCAUCGGUCUUUGUGGUCCAUUUACAUUAUGUGGCCAAAAGUAUGUGGCCACCCCCUUCUAAUUAAUGGGUUUGGUUAUUCCAGUCAUUUCAGGCAAGACAAAUCAUAACGCUACACCAUACAAGGGUUUACAUGCAACCUAUCAAGAAAACUUGCUUGUCAUAUUUAACCACAAAAACAUUCUCAAAAAUCUGAAAUUAUAUUUUACAAAAAGCAUAUUUAGACAUACAUUUAGGACCAUUAAGAUUUUUGGCAUUGUGACUAUUUUCUAUAUGCAAAAUAGUUUCUUUUGAUUUUGAAGUAAAAUAAAACCAGGACAUUUUCUUGACUGGUUUUGUGAGAAUCGCCAACAUUGACAUUCUAGAGAAUUGUGCUUCCGACUUUGUGGUGACAGUUUGGGGAGGGCCUUUAUCUGUUCAUGACAAUGCCCCAUAAAGAUUUUUUUUUUUUAUUAAACGUUCAAGAAACACAUACGAGUGUGGGGUUUGGAUGUCCAAAGUCAAAUUUGUUAAAUAUAAUUCCCAUUCUUGUGAGUGCACUAAAAUGACUAUGAAGUUAAAGGGAUAGUUCACCCAAAAAUGAAAAUUCUCUCAUCAUUUACUCACACUCAUGCCAUCCCAGAUGUGUAUGACUUUCUUCUGCACAACACAAAGAUUUCAGAAGGUCAAUUCAAAUCAAUUGAAUGGUGACUAGACCUUUCAAGCUUCAGAAAUCAAAUAAAGGCAGCAUAAAAGUAAUCCAAACGACUCCAGUGGUUUAAUCAAUAUCUUCUGAAGUGAUGCAAUCACUUUGUGUGAGAAACAGAUACAAAUUUCAAUCCUUUUGACAACCUCCACUUUCACUUUCAUUUAUACAAAUAUACAUUAAUACAAAAAAUAUUUAAAUAUUGAUCUGUUUCUCACCCACACCUAUAUUAUCACUUCUGAAGAUGUUGAUUAAACCACUGGAGUCAUAUGGAUUACUGUUAUGCAGAUUUUAUUUGAUUUCUGAAGCUUGAAAGGUCUGGUUACCAUUCACUUGAUUUGUAUGGACCUAUAGAGAUGGCCGUUGAGCAUACAUGACCUCAGGAAUCCCAGUUCUUUCCAGGGGGACACAGGAAUAUUUGAUGGCUCUGAUACACCAGUAA